CGCUUUGGCUCUGAUGUCAAAAGCAUGAAAAUUGUUUAUUUCAUUAUUUCAUGGAUUUGGGUUUCUCCUACGAAAAAAUACUGCAAAUUGUGGGUUCUAACCCACUGAUUAGGAAAUAAGAUGUCUGGAUUGGUGCUUUGUGAGCCAACUGAACUUUACAACAUAUUGAAUCAAGCCACAAUAUAUCCAUGUUUGAGUGAUACGAAUUAUUUAUUACUGCUUGAUGCCCGCAAGAAACAUGAGUAUAAUGAAAGUCAUGUUGUCACUGCAAAGAAGGCACCAAAGAGUGAAGAUGAUGAGUUUGUUGUACCAUAUGAUUCAGAAUUAGAAUGCAAGCAACAUGUGAUCAUCUAUGAUAGCAACACCAGAAGCUUGAAAGAUGAAGGGCCAGCCAUUGAGUGUGGGAAGGUGAUGUGGGAUAAUGGGUCUCGUGGUGAAGUGAAGAUACUGCGGGGGGGCUAUGAAGAUUUCUCAGCCCUCUACCCGUUUUUACGGACUCAGAAAAUCCUGUUCAUGCCACGAGAAAUGGACGAGAUAAAGACGUACCCUACUGAGGUCCUGCCUGGUCUGCUCUAUCUUGGCAACAAGAGGCAAGGAAAUGCAGCUUACAUACAGAAAGAUUUGAAGAUCAAGGCACAAAUCAACUGCACAACAGAAGAAGGGGAACUGUUCAAGGAGCCAGGCCCAACAUUGAUGCAUAUUCCUGUUGAUGAUGAUGAAGAAUCAGACUUGUUGUCAAAGUUUGAGUCUGUCUGCACUUUCAUCGAUGAACACAAGGGCAACAAGCGCAAUGUGCUGGUAUUUUCCGAUCUUGGCAUCAGUCGUAGCAUCACUAUCAUCCUGGCUUACCUGAUGCAUCAUUACAAAUGGCCACUAAAGGAGGCAUACGAACAUUGCAAGAAAUGCUGCCACAACAUUCGUCCAAACCGAGGUUUUGUUCACCAGCUAUCCAAGUGGGAAGAGGAGCUCUACGGACAAACACAAACAGACAUUUCUGACCCAAACUUUUAAGUCAAUUCCUUAGAACAAAUGUACCAGAAGUGUCAAAACUAGAGAUAAAACACACAUAUCUGUGAGAGUCAUUUUGACUCAUGCGAUCACACUACAGAACCGUUUUUUAUGAGAUUUGAUGAACUAGAUUUUUAAGCUUUUACUGUGUGACUGUGGAAUUUACAAUCUUAUCUGCACUGGCUCGGAGUUUACUCCUGGAUAACAAUUGAAUACCUUGUCAGAAAAUGUUACUGUCAAAAUCGGUUGGUUGCAAUCACUUCCGUCCAUUAUAAAGGUGAUUACAUCUGUUAUCCUGAUUUUGUUUGUAAAUACUUAAGAUUCAAUAAAUACUUCUAUAUUGUCAA